AUGGCGCACAUUUAUCAACGCUUUAAGGACCAGGCGACACGCAAGGCACUGUGCCAUUGGACGACGAGGACACUGUACCUCCGCAAGAAACAACAGGACAGCGCUGUGGCUGAGAAUUUGCACGCUGCAACCAUAAGUAACGAGACAACACUAACACCAGAGAAGGAGGCCAGAGCCCAAGAGGGCCGCUGA